AAGCUUUAUUAAUACAACACCGCAAGAGAAUGUCAUGCACAUAUCCAGGCUGCUUUAACAGCUAAUGGCUAUUUUUCUGAACAAUGAUUUAAUAGGCAAGCAGGAUAGAGAGGAAACAGUAAAUUAAAAGGAUGGGAAUAUAUACCUUUUUCAUGCUUCAAAUUCAACAGUCAACAUAUCAAAAGCAUGUCUUUCCCUGAAGUGAAGGCUAACGAUUGAACUGUACAUAUGCGUGUUAAAAGCAAUUGACCAAUUCAAUCUCAGCCUCACAAGCUGCUCCACACAAAAUUCAAUUCACAGGCAAACAUUUUCCGCGUACAGUAUUGGCACCAUAAGAUGGGUCCUCCUAGAAGUUGCAGUGUGCCUAACUGCCUAUACUCCAAGGCAAGGGCGAGCGUAGACUGUUAAAUGCCUUCUCCAAUGGGCAAUAAGGCAUAUAAGCUUGUCAUCAUCAGUAGGAGGAACAAGGAACAAGCAAAAGCAAUGGCACCUCUCCUCCUAUUGUGCUUCCUCCAAUUCUUGCUGCUACUGGGCACAUCAUCAGCUCAGGCAGAAAUAAACAUUACGUUGGGCUCCUCUUUGACACCCCAGGGACCAAACACCUCGUGGCUCUCGCCCUCCGGCGACUUCGCGUUCGGUUUCCGACCACUAGAAGGUAACCCCUCCUCCUACCUCCUUGCCGUCUGGUUCAACAAGAUCCCUGACAAGACCGUCGCUUGGUACGCCAAGACCAGCUCUGUUGGAGAAGAUACACCAACACCAGUCGAAGUCCCAUCCAGCUCUGUGCUCCGGCUCACUGCUGGGCUGCUUUCGCUCCGGGACUCCUCAGGAGAUGAGGUCUGGAGUCCCCGAGUCCCUGCUGUGGCCUACGCCAGAAUGCUCGACACUGGUGACUUUGUGCUUGUUGGUGCAGAUGGUGCAAAAAAGUGGGAGACCUUUGGUGACCCGGCUGAUACCAUCCUGCCAACACAGGUGCUCCCUCUGGGGACGGCACUCAGCAGUCGCCUCAUAUCCACGGACUACUCUAAUGGCCGGUUUCUCCUAGCUGUGCAACGUGAUGGUAAUCUCGUGAUGUAUCCGAUUGCCGUGCCUUCCACACAUCAGUAUGAUGCAUACUGGGCCAGUGGUACAGUUGGCAACGGCUCACAGUUGGUGUUCAAUGAAACCGGCAGGGUAUACUUCACUCUGAAAAACGGGACACAGAUCAAUAUCACUUCAGCAGAGGUGAGCCCAAUUGGUGAAUUCUUCUACCGUGCCACCCUUGAUCCAGACGGUAUGUUUCGUCAAUAUGUUUACCCGAAGAGCACGAAGACGAGAAAUCUGUGGGAAUCGCAAUGGACAUUGGUGGGCUCAAUUCCCCAGAACAUCUGCAAUGCAAUAAACAAUGCAAAAGGUGCACAGGCAGGCAGUGGCGCAUGCGGCUUCAACAGUUACUGUUCCUUCGAUGGCACCCACAACCAGACAACAAAAUGCGAAUGCCCGCAGCAUUACAAGUUCUUUGACGAGAAGAGAACAUACAAAGGGUGCAAGCCAGACUUUGAACCACAGAGUUGUGACCUUGAUGAGGCAGCCGCAAUGGCACAGUUUGAGAUGAGUUCCAUUGAUCGUGUCGAUUGGCCUCAAUCUGACUAUGAGGAGUACAGCCCCAUAGACUUGACAGAGUGCCGGAGGCUGUGUGUGAUUGAUUGCUUCUGUGCCACAGCCGUCUUUCACGCAGAUACAAGAACCUGCUGGAAGAAAAAGCUCCCUUUAUCAUAUGGGAAUAUGGCAGAAAGUGUCCAGAGGACAGUUCUUAUCAAGGUGCCUAGGAGCAACAAUUCCCAGUCCCAGCUCAGCAACGACUCCAGCAAAUGGAAGAAGGACAAGAAGUAUUGGAUUCUUGGGAGUUCCAUACUUUUUGGAAGUUCAGUAUUGGUAAAUGUUCUUUUUAUCUCCAUUCUGCUCUGUGGCACUUAUUGUGGUGUCUGGAUCAUCUCCAAGAAGAAACUCCAGUCAUCACAAUCAUCGGGUAGUUCUGUAUUGCCCCCGAAGAUUUUCACUUACAACGAUCUGGAUAAGGCAACCUGUGGUUUCCGUGAGGUGCUCGGCAGCGGUGCCUCUGGUACAGUGUACAAAGGACAGCUGCAAGAUGAGCAUGCGACCAGCAUUGCAGUCAAGAAAAUUGAAAAGCUCCAGCAAGAGACUGAGAAGGAGUUUAUGGUGGAAGUGCAAACAAUCGGGCAGACGUUUCACAAGAACUUGGUCAGGCUGCUUGGUAUCUGCAAUGAGGGUACUGACAGACUGCUAGUGUAUGAGUUCAUGACCAAUGGCUCCCUAAAUGAAUUCCUCUUCAGUGAUACUCGGCCACAUUGGAGCCUACGUGUUCAAGUAGCACUUGGAGUAGCACGAGGGCUGCUCUACUUGCACGAGGAGUGUAGCACACAGAUUAUCCACUGCGACAUAAAACCACCGAACAUUCUUCUCGACGAAAACUUUGUGGCGAAGAUUGCAGACUUUGGCCUAGCGAAGCUUCUUCGUGCCAAUCAGACACAGACAAACACCGGCAUUCGGGGUACUCGAGGUUAUGUUGCCCCGGAGUGGUUCAAGAACAUAGCGAUCACUUCCAAAGUUGAUGUUUACAGCUUUGGGGUGAUCCUGCUGGAGCUUGUGUGCUGCAGGCGGAAUGUGGAGCUCGAGAUCGCUGACGAAGAGCAGUCAAUACUCACUUACUGGGCAAAUGAUUGUUACAGGUGUGGGAGGAUCGACUUGCUAGUGGAGGGCGAUGACGAGGCAAACUUCAACAUUAAAAAGGUGGAGCGCUUUGUGGCUGUAGCACUGUGGUGCCUCCAGGAGGAGCCGACGAUGCGGCCAACCAUGCUUAAAGUGACACAAAUGCUUGAUGGAGCAGUCCAAAUCCCCACGCCUCCAGAUCCCUCUUCCUUCAUCAGUUCACUUCAGUAGUGCCCUGCUUCAGUAUGAAGCAAUAAGUUCCAGUAUGAAGCAAUAUUAUGCCAUAGUGCCAUACACUGAGGAUAUGAUACAGUUGUCUAUUAGAGCUUUAAGAAUAAUGACAACAUGGUAUUUCAAGCA